CAGAUACCUUUGUAAAAGAAAGUAACACUCUUUACCCUUUCUUACCCUUUCUUAACCCUCUCUUUGUCAAUGAAGAGACUUUUGAUUUUUCGUUUAGUCUGUGUACUACCUUCAACCGUUGCUCACGUAUAUUUUUUUUUUUUCGAAUUUUAUUUAAAAUUAUUUACACCUAACAGUCGGUUAGUUUGUAUUUCACGCAAUCGUAUUAUUUUUGUUUUUGUGUGUGUUUUUCAUAUAUAUUUUAAAAAUGUUUCAAUGCGAACAAUGUCCUUUGAGAUUCAGCUACAAAAAUAAUUUGAUCGCUCACCGAAAAUCACAUUUAAGAUUGUUUAAAUGUGAUCAAUGUACUUCAGAGUUCACGGCAAAACGUAAUUUGUUGGCUCACCAAAAAACGCACACGGGUCUGCGUUACCCGUGUACAAUUUGUGCUGUAACGUUUAGUUACAAGUCCAACCUCAAAAAACAUUUAAAAAAAUAUCAUGAUGGCAUUCCAGCACCGCUGAUAGAAAAUAUUCAAAUCGCGCCAAACAUUUUCGUUCCCGAUAUACCGGCUGGAGGGUCUUCCGUACGAGAUACCACAGAACCGCUCAUCCAAACUGCUCCCGUAUCAACAGUGCAAGAUAACGCGAUGGACGAAUUUUCGAACCUUGGUGACGAUGAAUGUAUAGAAGUUUUAAACAUUAUUGAAAAUCUUGGACUCUGCGAUAAUGAAGAUUCAUAUACUACGGGUGAAAACGGUAAACGUGUUUCCUCAGCCAACACAAAGUCAGCUAUAAUUGCUAAAAAAGCGCGCUUGAAUCUAGUACAGUCCCCUGGGUUUGUAGAAAUAUCGACGUCCUCGAAUCGUACAAUCACCUGGUAUUACGUUAAAAAUACCAAUUGUAUAAAAAACUAUGUAUACUUCUUAGAUCUGAUUAAAUCUGAACUAGUCAAUCUAUUAAAAUCAAUUGCGAGCAAACACCCUAUAAAGUUUAAUUUAAAACUAGAAGCAACGUAUAAUAUCCCGCACAAAGAAUAUUCAUCCGAAAACCGUGCUUUUAAAACUUCGGCUAGGGAGGUUUUCACUGAUACUGGCGUACAAGAAAUCGUCGAAGAAGCAUUUGCAAAGUUAAUGAGAGAGGAAACUGAAUAUUCCGGCAAGGGCAGUGGCUUUACAUUUCAGUGUAUAGACGGAUUAUUGUUAGGUGUUUAUAAAUAUACGCCGAUGGGCGGUUCAUCAUAUAUUGAAUUGCCUGCGUUUAUCGAUAGGAAGCGGGCCACCAUCAACCCACAAAAUGUAGACCAGCAAUGUUUCAUGUGGGCAAUUCUCGCGAGGCAUGUGACAACGGAUAAAUAUAAAUAUUGUGUAGGAGAAAAUUACAAAAAACAUUUGGACAAGUACAAUUUCGACGGCCUCACUUUCCCAACGCCUCUCCAUCAAGUAAACAUUUUUGAAAGAAAUAAUCCGAACGUGUCUGUCAAUGUUUACGGUCUCGAUAAACAAUUUCAACCACCAAAAUUUCCGGAAUAUAAAAUAUUUCCUCUGAAAGUAGUACAUGAAGAAAAACCCGAUCAUUUUGACUUAUUACUAAUAUCGAACGAAGAUAACAGUCACUAUAUCUACAUCUCCAAUUUUUCACGACUUAUUCGAACACAAAAAACCAAACAUGAUGGACAAUCAAUUUUUUGCAAACGGUGCUUUACAUCAUUCGAUAAUCAGCAAAACAAAUUUAAAUUAAACGGAGUAGCUGGAUUAGAGCAGCAUAAAUUAAUAUGUGGGGAACACAAACCUAUAUUACCUAAGAUGCCUGAACCAGGAUCAAUGCUCAAGUUUACUGAAUGGAAUAAAACGCAACGUCAUCCUAUAGUGAUUUAUGCGGAUUUUGAAGCAAUUCUCAAGAAAAGCGAUGAGAAAAUUGGAAAUAAAACAACAGCUUUUCAAGAACACGAAGCCAUGAGUUAUGGAUUUAUUGUCAAGGCAAAUGAAGACAUACCCGUUGAACUGCUUGAGAAAUUCAGAAUUCCAAUUUCACCUAUAAUUUAUCGUGGAAAUGAAAAUAAUAAGGAUGUGGCGGAACAUUUUAUAAACAGUAUUGUCGAAAUUGCAGAAAAAAUUGAAAAAUUGCUAAAAACAAACACCCCCAUAAUUUACACAACCGAACAGCGAAAAACACAUGAAUCAUGUACUACAUGUAAUUUAUGUAAAACCAAGUUUUCUCAAGAAAAUCAUAAAGUUGCUGAUCAUUGCCAUUUAUCAGGAAAAUUUAGACAGUCAUUAUGUAAUACGUGUAAUCUUAAACUUCGAACACCCAACUUCGUACCGGUAUUUUUCCAUAAUUUAUCAAAUUAUGACGCACAUUUUAUUGUCACCAGUCUUGGCUAUAAUACAAAUUCUAUUUCGGUAAUACCAAACAGUGAAGAAAAGUUUAUUUCGUUUUCAAAAUACAUUAGCAACUCCUUCACUAUAAGAUUUAUAGCCUCCAGUUUAUCAACACUUUCAAAAAAUUUAAUUACGCCCAGAUUUGAAAAAUUUAGAAAUAGUGCCAAACAUUUUUCUACACAGGAUUUACCACUAGUCACCCGUAAAGGGGUAUACCCGUAUGAUUAUACAGAUGACUGGGAUAAACUUGAAGAAACCAGUUUACCGGCAAAAGUAGAUUUUUACAGUUUAUUGGAAGAAUCACAUAUAAAAAAUGAAGAUUAUGAACAUGCAAAGAUAGUUUGGAUCCAUUUCGACUGUCAAACACUAGGGGAAUACUCUGACCUUUAUUUAAAAAUCGAUGUGCUAUUGUUGACUGAUGUGUUUGAAAAUUUUCGAGACCUCUGUAUAACCACUUACCACCUUGACCCAUCAUUUUACUAUACAGCACCUGGAUUUAGUUUUGACUGUAUGUUGAAAUACACUGGCCAACAACUGGAAUUAAUUCAUGAUUAUGACAUUUUGAUCAUGUUUGAGAAAAGUAACGAG